AUGGAUGUCUUACCAAAGGAGGAUUUGCCCGAUUCAAAAAGUCCUGAUCUCAUCCUACGACAUCCGACUGAGGAUGAAUGUGCCACAAUCUGGAACAGCACUUCCACUGAAUGGGCCGAUUCCCUUACCCCUCCCCUCUACUUGAAGGAGUCUCGUUUUCUCACAACGGUCCCUUUAGCUAGAGAUGGAGGUAUGACUACUUGGGUUCUCGUCCACAAAGAUUCGGUCCCAAACAAACGACAUAUCUUGUGUUCGUGCGAAACUUUCAGGAAACACUCUUUGGCCAGUAACACACAAGGAGAAGUCAGUGAUAAUAUCGUACAUGGAAUCGCUAGCGUCUUCUGCGCACCACCGUACCGCCGCCGUGGUUACGCCGGUCGCAUGAUGCAAGAGUUGAUUAAGGAACUGUAUAGAUGGCAAACCGAUAAGUUUCCAUGCAUUGGAACCACACUUUACUCCGAUAUUGGGAAAGACUACUACGCGAAGCUGGGAUGGACUCCGAACAUCACGAACUCACAAGUCGAACUACCACCGAAGCCCAUUGCAUGGCCACCCCUGGCCAAGGCGAUCAUGGAGAACGAUCUUGACGAUAUCUGCAAGAGAGAUGAAGCUCUAGUACGCUCUCACAUGUCAGUACCUGCAGAUGAGAUCAAAAAAGCACGUUUCACAAUCGUACCGGAUGUAGAUCACAUGGGUUGGCACAUCGCAAAAGAACAAUUUGCGACCGACUAUCUCUUCGGGAAAACGCCACCUGCAAAGGGAGUCAUAGUAGGAUCUCCAGGCAAGCAAGUAUGGGCGACAUGGUUGCACCGAUAUUAUGGUCCCCUCGGUGCCGAGAAGUCAAGCAACGUUUUGUACAUACAGCGACUAGUCGUAGAGGGUGAUGAAACUGCAACAAGACUUCCCAAGGACGCUGCCAAGAGACCAGAAAAGGAUGUCUACGAGACGCAGAUUGAGCUUUUGAAGGCCGUAUUGCAAGCUGCACAGGCUGAGGCUACUGAAUGGAAGCUCGACGUAGUGAAGCUGUGGGACCCAACGCCACUGGUAUUAGGUAUGCUGAAGGACAGUGGAUUGGAAUACGCUUUCAAAGAGCGGGAGGAGGAUCACAUUGCCAGUUUGCUGUGGUAUGACGAGCAAGGUGGAAUUAGCAAAGAGCUACCAUUGUGGGUGAACAAUGAGCACUAUGCAUGGCAGUAG